CUUUCUUAUCCUCGAAUUUCUCUCUCUAUUUCUGCGGUUUAAAAAUCAUUUCCUCUCUUUCUUCGGUCACCUGGGAGCCAUUUUCUCUCUCUCUCUCUCCAUUUCUUCAGCCACCUCGUGUCCUCUCUCUCUCUUGAGUUAGCUUUAACCCAGUCAGCCGUAUCCCACGAAAUAUGCACUCUCUCUCUCUCUAGGUCGUAGUUGCAGUGGCAUGUGAUCCUGUUUCGCAUCAUCAUCUUGCUCUAUUUCUCUCUCUUUCUCCAGAGUUUUCGCAUCAUCAUCUUUCUCUAUUUCUCUCUCUUACUCCUGCUUCAGUCACCUGGAAGCCAUACUCUCUCUCUCUCUCUUAUUGUCUUCUGCCACCUCGUGCCCUUUCUCGUUCUCUCUCUCUUUCUUCAGUUAAACUCUAAAUCAUCACUCCUCUGUCGUGUAUCUUUCUCUCUCAUUGCUUCUCUUAAAGUAGCUGUUGCAUAGCAUAGAGUUGCAUCAAUGGCGGAAGCGAUGGAUAGCCCUGGAAGCAAUAGAUCGAGCCCAGGAGCAGUCCUAGGGCACAAAGUUGAGGACCUCUGGGACAUUCAAGAGCCUCAACUCUCCCCCUCUGAGAAGCUCAACUCCUGCUUCGAAAGCAUUCCAGUCUCUUCCUUUCCUCCUUCUCCUUCACAAGUGGUUGAGAUAAACUCAGAUGCUGGUCUUGCUGAGGCUGUCCUAAUUUUGUCCAAACACAAAGUUUUGAGUGCACCGGUGCGGGAUGUCAAUGCACCCGAUGAUGCUAGUUGGAUUGAUAGAUACAUAGGUAUUAUGGAGUUUGCGAGCAUUGCUGUAUGGCUUCUGGAUCAGUCUGAAAUCGCAGCACGUGGCAGAGCUGCUGCUUCAGAUAAUGGACAGUCAGGUCCAGAUGCUGCUGCUUCAAUGGGAGGGGACUUUUUUGAGAACUUGACUUCUUCAGAUUUCUACAAGAAUACAAAGGUUAAGGACAUAGCUGGGUCAUUUCGCUGGGCACCAUUUCUCCCCAUUCAGAACUCUGACUCAUUUCUGACCAUGCUUUUACUACUAUCAAAGUAUAGAAUGAAGAGCCUUCCUGUGCUGGAUCUAGGUGACACAAAGAUUGAUAAUAUUAUCAGUCAGUCCUGUGUUGUCCAUGUGCUUGCAGAAUGUGUUGGACUUCCUUGGUUUGAGACAUGGGGAACAAAGAAGCUCUCUGAACUGGGUCUUCCAGUAAUGAAACCUAAUUGUAUAGUCAAGGUUAGGGAGGAUGAGCCUGUGCUACAGGCCUUCAAGUUGAUGAGACUGAAGGGUGUUGGUGGGCUUCCAGUAGUUGAUGGUGGAAAGAAGCCAAUAGGAAACAUAAGCAUAAGAGAUGUUCAGUACCUUCUGACUGCUCCUGAGAUAUACAAAGACUACAGAUCAAUUACUGCAAAGAACUUCCUCACAGCUGUGCGAUGUUACCUUCAGGAGCAACAUGAGAAGUCGGCUAUUUUGCAGGGAAUAAUCGCAUGCGCAAAGGAUGACAUGUUGAAAGAAGUCAUAUUGAGGCUUGCUGGUGCAAAUAUACAUAGGAUUUAUGUUCUCGAUAAUGAAGGGAAUUUGGAGGGGGUAAUUACACUGAGGGAUAUCAUAUCCAGGCUUGUGCAUGAGCCACAUGGUUACUUUGGGGACUUCUUUGAUGGUGUGGUUCCUCUGCCUAAGAACAGCACCGUCUGACAAGCGCACAUUUUUCACAAGAAGUGUCUUGAAACAUUUUACUGGAAACUUAGAUGUACGUGCUGGUUCUGUGUGUGAGAGAGGUGUUGUCGAUGCAAUCAGGUUCUGCCUGUAACAUUUUGGCCAAACUUAGUUAGUGAUGUCUUUGUACCUUACUUCCUCUCUCACUCACCUCAUGAUCAACCUUGUAAGUUUUCGUCUAAAACUGUAAUUUCUUUGUGGAAUAAAGCUGGGUGCUAGCUGUGGUUUAUAUGUAUGUGGAUUCUCAUAGAAGCAAUGGAAAGAAAAGCUUGCUUCUUAUGCUGCUGUUACAUAAAUAACAAUGCAUUUACA